AUGGCGAGCAUAAGGCCUUUGCCAGAGGCUGUUCGUAGCUCGGUGCGUUCUGGCAUUUUCUUGUUCGAUUUCGCGCGUGUCGUUGAGGAACUGCUUUUCAAUAGCCUCGAUGCUCGUGCUACUAAGGUAUCGGUGUUUGUUAGUGUUGGGAACUGCUAUUUGAAAGUUGUAGAUGAUGGAAGUGGAAUCACUCGAGAUGGACUGGAAUUGGUGGGAGAGAGAUACGCAACAUCAAAAUUUCUUAAUUUGGCUGACCUGAAUGCCACAAGUGAAAACUUUGGUUUUCGUGGGGAAGCUUUAGCUUCCAUUUCCGAAAUCUCUUUAUUGGAAAUUGUGACAAGAACACAUGGAAGGCCAAAUGGGUAUCAAAAAGUAUUGAAGGGGUGCAAGUGUUUAUAUCUUGGUAUUGAUGAUGACAGAAAGGAAGUGGGAACAACAGUUGUUGUUCGUGAUUUAUUUUACAACCAACCAGUCCGGAGAAAACACAUGCAAUCCAGCCCCAAUAAGGUACUGCAAUCAAUCAAGAAAUGUGUAAUGCGGCUUGCACUUGUACACCCAAAUAUUUCCUUCAGAGUUGUUGAUAUCGAAAGAGAGGACGAGCUCUUUUGCACACAUGCUGCUUCUUCUCCCCUGUCACUUAUAACCAGUGGCUUUGGUGUGGAGGUCACAAGCUCUCUUCACAAUUUAGAAGUUGAGAAUGAUAAAAUAAAGCUUUCUGGAUAUGUAUCCAGUCCUUGCAAUACUUUGAACAUGAAGGCCUUGCAGUAUGUCUAUGUUAAUUCACAGUUUGUUUGCAAGGGCCCUAUUCAUAAGCUUGUGAAUCAGUUGGCUAUUCUGUUUGAGAAUCAGGACUCAUGGAAUACUGAUAAUGAGUUCCACAACAAGAAGAGAACUAGGUCUCAAGCUUGCCCAGCUUAUAUCUUGAAUUUAAAUUGCCCCCGAUCGUUGUAUGAUUUGACCUUUGAGCCAUCAAAAACUUAUGUUAAAUUCAAGGAUUGGACUCCCAUACUAAACUUCAUUGAGAAGGCUCUCAAACAAUUCUGGGAGGAAAAUAUAGGAGAGCUGUCCAAUCAAGCCACUUUCAUUGUGCAAGAAGAUCAACCAGAGAAAGGAGAUGUCAACAUCAUUUCAGGAGUAUCAGAUAUAUCAGAAUUUAGUAGCCAAAAUCGUGAGGAUUACCUAGAUCUCUUCUUUUCUGCUUCGGACAAGCUAAUUGAGGAUAACUUUCACCACUCCAACAUGGAAGGUGCUGGAACCUCCCUUGGUUACUUGCAUAAAGGGACUGCAGUGUUCAAAGAGCAAAAGAGUAAGGGAGACUUUCUAUGUCAGACUGGUUAUUCUGGCAAUUUAUUGGAUGGUUCGCAUACCCAGUGCAUGCCCACUGUGAUGAGAAAGCAUAAUAGUUUGUUGCAAGGAGAUUACUUUUAUGAUGGUAAAAUUCCUGCUGCAGAAAAAUUCUAUGAUAAUUUACCAUGUAAUGCUACAAGUUCUUCACACAGAAGAAAAUUCCAUGAAGUAGAAGCUGAUGUGCUCAGUGAAUCAUUUGAACAUGAUUUACUUGAUGACUGCAAUGGAUUCUAUUCUGCUGUAAAUAUUAACAGAGAUUUGCAAAAGCCUUUUCUAAGGAGAUGCUCUACACAAGAAGGAAGCAUUCUGGAUGAGAAGGAUUUGUUUAUAAAUGACAAACAUGAACUCCAACCUGAUAGUAUUUGGAACAAGCAAAAUCUGGGGGAGCAUUAUGGAAGGGAUGAGGAUUUAUAUUCCUAUCCCUGCCCAGAAGUUGCAAAAAGAUUAAAGAUGUCUCAAGAUUCUGAUUUUAUUAUUAGAGCAUAUGCCAAAGAAAAUUCUCUCCCUGCAGAUUCAUGCUAUUUGGAAACACAAAUAGGAAGCUCUGGGUCUGAUGACCAGUUAUUAAAUUCUGAAUGGCAUCCUGUCUACCAGGAACCCUCAUCUCAAACAACUGCAUUGGGUGUUUACCAUACAACUCUUAUUAAUGAUUAUCUUGGAGGAGUAUCUAGACAUAAAAGGAUCCACCGUACAAAACUUUUUGAUGAUGGAGAAAAUGAAUGCAACUUCAACUACAAUAUGUCGAAGAAUGCCAACCAACAUCACUGUACAUCAAAUUUUGCAAAUACUGGAUUUAAUUUUGAUGAUGCUGGUGAUUGUGGUGAAAUAUUCAACAGAUUAGUCGACUGGCCUGAUUUUGGUGAUAUAUAUUCUACAAGGUCAGAUAUUUUAAAUGAGGAGCCAGACUGGCCGUUGUCUGAGUUGUGCAUUAAAAGCUGCAAUAAACCUGACAAAAACAAGGGCAAAAGGAAUCAUUUUAGAAAUCCAAUUUUGGAGGAGAACCAUGAAAGAUCUAGAAGAAGUUUUUCAGCUCCUCCUUUUCAUAGAAGCAAAAGGAGAUUUUUCUCUUUAAAUCAUCCUUCAGAAAUGAUUGCCAAAAGACAGAUUGACCGAGCAUCCAAUCCUGCUUUCAAUCAUCAAGAAGCUAGUAAUUUUAAAUAUCCUCAACAAUCUCCCAAUGCUCUUUACCCAAGCACUGAAGAACUCUUUUUGCAGGAAUCCAAAACUGAUGUGAAACAGAGCUCAGAGGUUCUGGGAAAUAUGCAGGUUAAUGACAUUCCAAAGGUUGAUGGAUUUGAAAGUUUCAACAUUCAAAACAGUGCUCCAUCUAGGGAAUUUAUCUCUAAGGAAGUACAAGAUUCCAUAGAUUAUGGGUCCAAAUGGAGGAACUGCUCUCCCGAAAUUACAAAGAAUUAUAAAUUGGCUAAUGUUCAAAGUGAAAUCAAUAUACUUGACAUUUCUUCUGGGUUCUUGCACCUUGCUGGAGAUUCAUUGAUUCCAGAAACUAUCAGUAAGAAAUGUCUCGAGGAUGCCAAAGUUCUCCAUCAGGUGGACAAAAAAUUCAUUCCAGUUGUGGCGAGCAGAACUCUUGCUAUUAUUGAUCAGCAUGCUGCAGAUGAAAGAAUCAGACUUGAAGAAUUGCGUCAAAAGGUAUUAUCUGGUGAAGCUAAAGCAAUCACCUAUCUAGAUGCUGAACAGGAACUGGCACUGCCAGAGAUUGGUUAUCAACUACUACAUAGUUAUAGUGAACAGAUUAAACACUGGGGCUGGAUCUGCAGCAUUCAUGCUCAAAAUUCUGAAUCAUUUAGAAGGAAUUUGAAUAUCCUCAACAGGCCACAAAUGGCUGUCACACUUAUUGCGGUACCGUGUAUUUUAGGUGUCAAUUUAAAUGACGUUGAUCUUUUAGAAUAUCUUCAGCAGCUUGCUGACACUAAUGGAUCAUCAACAAUGCCACCCUCUGUCGUACGAUUGCUAAAUUUGAAAGCUUGCAGAGGUGCUAUUAUGUUUGGGGAUUCGUUGCUACCAUCUGAAUGUUCCCUUCUAGUUGAAGAGCUAAAGCAUACUUCACUUUGUUUCCAAUGUGCUCAUGGGAGACCAACAACUGUUCCUCUAGUCAACCUGGAGGCACUGCAUAAUCAGAUAGCCAAGCUUGGACUAAUGAGUGAAUGCUCAAGUGGUGAGUGGCAUGGAUUACAUAGACAGAAAAUAUGUGUUGAGCGUGCAGCACAGCGCUUAUGUUCUGCCAAAGGAAGUUGAGACCCAUGAAUACAUUAUAGAUGUUACUAGUGACAUGAGUUUGACAAAGUUCAUGCUCCACAGCAAAAUCAUUCUUUUUACUUCGACUGUACAACAACAUUGAGAGUUAAAAAAUAAUGAGGCCACCUACUACAGUUGGUUAUAUCGAUAUUGCUUGAAAACGCCAUUUUCAG